AACAAAGUGCAGAGUGGAGCGGACGGUCACAGUUGUGCCCGGGAUUGUAGCAGAGAGAGUUAGAGAGAGAGCAGCCCCUUCUGCAGCCUAUUAGCUCAUCACCAUGGAUGUCAAACUGCUGGCCCUGAUGGCUCUGCUGGCCGUGGCCACACAUGUACCAACCUCCAACGCAAAGCCCAUCAGCCUGGUAGAGCGGUGCUGGUGUCGGUCCACCCUCAACACGGUUCCUCAGCGGUCCAUCAAAGAGCUCAAGUUCCUCCACACACCCAACUGCCCCUUCCAAGUCAUUGCCAAGCUGAAGAACAACAGGGAAGUUUGCAUCAACCCAGAGACCAAGUGGCUGCAGCAGUACUUAAAGAAUGCCAUUAACAAGGUGAAGAAAUCUAAGAGACGCACUAACAAGAAAAACUAAACACAAGGGGAAGACAUGUAUGUGGUCAGAUCUACCAUCCCUGAGUAGAACCUGUACAUCUCCCUGUCACUACUAUGGAUGUAUGCAAACACGCUGUGUGUACCUGUCUGGACCUCUCUGGACCGCUUGCAGAACCAGCACUUCACCGCCAAAUCGUGCCAUCCCAAUUAUACCUUAGAGACUUUGACGGGACACAUUCUGAUAUCAGAUGUGUGUGUGUGUGUGUGUGUGUGUGUGUGUGUGUGUGUGUUUGAAUGUGAUUCACAUGAACUAACUCUAGUAUUUUCUGACUAUAAAGGAACAACUUGAGCUUUCUGUCUUACACAAGGCAUAUCGUCACCCAAGUGAAAAUAUAUUUACAGCAAUACACUUACUUCAACUUUAUUGGGUUUUGAAAAGAGUGCAUUCUACUUAUCAUUUACUGUAAUUAAAAGUAUUUAAGAUGGUGAUGUUAAAUACCUCUUCAGACGUCUCAUAUGAGGUGAAUUAGGCAUUAGUCCAGGACUUGGGGGGUCAUGGGACAGACACAGAGAGGCUGGCCAAUGGGGUCACAAGCAGUGACCAAUCAGGGCAGGCCAUGCUACAACAAUAUCAUGAAUUGUCUUCAAGCUUGCGCCACCAUCAGGAGCAAAACAGAUGGAAGCUCACAAACACUGCUGAGGAACAAGCACUGAUUUGAUGGUGCUAUACAUUCAGUAUAAGGGGUCAGAGCCAUUGACAUAAUUAUUUUUCACAGUUUAUUUUAUGCAAGCUUUAAGAUGAGAUGUCGUGACCUCUAUGUCUUAUAUGAAACACAAUUAUGUUUUUUCCAGUCACAAAAUAUUGAAAGCGCUGUUGUUAGAGUCUGAUAUAGAAAGCUGAUGUUGUGUCAAAGCUAUACUGUACUGAUAAAUACUAUAAAGAAGUGGAAUAAUACUUAUCAAUGCAGCUUUUUGUUGAUUGAACAUAUCAGUAAACAGAGACCAAAUAUUUAUACAGUAAAACAUACAAAACACGAAGAAACCUGUGAACCUCAAAAAGCAUGACUUCCUAUUUCAUUUAUCCUUAGAAAAAUGUAGAAGAUAAUCAUAAUUCUUAAUGUUUUACCCAAAGGGUAUCAAAAGGGAGAAGUUAAAUGUAUAUCACAACAACAGAGUAAAUCAGCUGCAGUAUGUUCAUACCAACACCUGUCCUUGGUAGGAAUGAAAAGCUAAUAUUUCGUCACAUUAAACAACUGAAUUAUAAUUGUUACAAAGAGAAUGUUCACGGUGACAAAAAAAAAGUUAUCCUUUUUUCAUAUAUUUGAGCCACUUUAUUAUCAUGUGAGUCUUUAAAUGUAAGUGUUUUAUUUUUAUAUUGUGUAUAAUCUUACUAAAUGCUUUUGUUAAUGCAAUGUACAGUAGGCAGUAGCUACUAAAUGAAGGCUAGUCCAUACAAUGCAAGAAAUGUAUUAAACUUCAUUUUAAAGAUUUCAUGCAAUAUUUCACAAAUAUGUAAUGAGUUGUUUGCAAAUAUGUUAUACACAGUAUGCAACACAUUCCUUUUUCAAAGGAAUAAAAUGUUAUUUUGUGGUAAAAUCUGGUUAAAAAAA